AUGAAUUACCAAGACAAUGACGACACAGAAAUAGUCCAAGCUGAUGAACAAAAGAUGCCUACAUGUUUACCAGAAGAUGAAAGUCAACGAAUAAGCUGUGUGGAGUAUAUUAAGCAAUAUGACAUCUCACAGCUGGCUCAAAUGUUGGCACACAGUGCUGAGGAGUUCGUACGUCAUGUUUGGCUCAGAGGUUGGCAAUUAAACACUUUUUGGGCUUGUUUCAAGUCGAUUUUCAGAGUGCAUACAGAAACAGGAAAUAUAUGGACACAUUUGUUGGGGUGUGGGAGCUUUUUUGCCAUUACAAUAUUCAUGUUAAUUCAGUCAGGAGCUCUACUACAAUGGCAAGAUAAGCUUGUAUUUUCUUCAUUCUUUUUUGGUGCUAUUGUCUGUCUCGGACUUUCUUGUUUAUUUCACACUCUAUCUUGUCAUUCGAAAAGCAUUGGACGGUUGUUUAACAGGUUGGACUAUACUGGCAUAGCGUUUCUAAAUUUAGGCUCGUUUGUACCAUAUUUAUAUUAUUCAUUCUACUGCAUAUUGUGGGCCAAGUUAUUUUACAUUAUUUCGGUUGCCGUUUUGGGGAUAGCAGCAGUCGUUGUUUCAAUGCAUCCAUCUUUUACUACACCUCAUUAUCGUCCUAUUCGGGCUGGUGUUUUCAUGGGAUUAGGUCUUUCAGGAGUUAUUCCAUGCAUUCACACAGUAAUAUUAGAUGGAUUCUUCCAUUCUGUUAUUCAAGGUUCUUUAGGUUGGCUUAUUCUUAUGGCCGUUUUGUAUUUAAGUGGUGCAACCAUCUACGCUGUCCGUGUACCGGAAAGACUAUUUCCUGGACGUUUUGAUAUUUGGUUUCAAAGUCACCAAAUAUUUCAUGUGUUCGCGGUGGUUGCAGCUUUAGUUCACUACCACGGUUUAGUUAAACUUGCCGACUACCGUCUAUCUACUGGCGAUUGUAAACCUGAUGGACUGAAUUUCGAUUCAAAUCGAUUAAAAAUGUUCGGUCUGGAUAUAUUUCCUAACACAUGA